GUCAUCAACCAGCGAAGUCGCGGAAGUAACUUGCCCGUAAUGUUUUAGUCCUCCGUUUGUUGAUCAUUGUUGUGUUUGACGCCAAACUUUAGCGCUACUUCUCAGCCGUUUUGAAUUGAGUGGCUGACAUAGACUUUGUUUAGUCGAUUUACCCCGUGAAUUAGACAAACAGUGAGGAUGUUAGCUUCCCCUCUUGCAACUUGCUUCGCCGAGCUCCAUGAUGACGGAACUGACAAAGUGGACAAUUACCUUCAUCGAUUUCAGCUCUCCGAUGAGCUGCUGAUGGACAUAUCGCUCAGAUUCAGGCGAGAGAUGGACAAAGGUCUGUGCAGAGACACCAACCCCACAGCUGCAGUGAAGAUGCUGCCGACCUUUGUGCUCUCCACGCCGGAUGGAACAGAGCAGGGAGAGUUUCUGGCACUGGAUCUGGGAGGAUCCAAUUUCCGUGUGCUUCGUGUUAAAGUCAUCUCAAAUGGGAAACAGGUCGAAAUGGAAAAUGAGAUUUUUGAAAUUCCUGAACACAUCAUGAGAGGAAGUGCAUUUGAGUUAUUUGACCAUGUUGCAGAUUGUCUGGCUAAAUUCAUGGAGAAGUUGGGAAUAAAAGAUCAAAAACUUCCUUUGGGAUUUACAUUCUCGUUUCCCUGUCAGCAAAACAAGUUGGAUGAGGCUGUUCUGGUGUCAUGGACCAAAAGAUUCAGGACACGGGACGUUGAGGGAAAGGAUGUGGUGAAACUGCUGAAGCAAGCCAUUAAAAAACGUGGGGACUUUGAAGUAGACAUCAUGGCCGUGAUUAAUGACACAGUGGGAGCCAUGAUGACGUGCGGCUAUGACGACCCUCUCUGUGAAGUCGGUCUAAUUGUUGGUACAGGAACCAACGCCUGCUACAUGGAGCACAUGAGGAACCUGGAGGUGCUGGAUGGCGAUGAAGGCAGAAUGUGUGUUAACACAGAGUGGGGAGCCUUUGGAGACGAUGGGGUGUUGGAAGAUGUUCGCAAUGACUUUGAUCGAGAAAUUGACGCAGGCUCUCUCAACCCCGGAAAGCAACUAUUUGAGAAAAUGAUCAGUGGAAUGUACAUGGGUGAACUUGUACGUCUCAUCAUGGUGAAGAUGACCAAAGAAAAGCUCCUGUUCCAUGGACAGACCUCCAAACAGCUUCUCACCACAGGGUGCUUCAACACCAAAUUCAUCUAUGCAAUUGAAAGCGAAAAGGAUGAUGAAGGCCUUGCUAGGGCUGAGGAAGUCCUCAAAAACCUGGCCCUGCAACCGUCUGCUGAUGACUGCCUUGCAACCCGGAGGAUUUGUCAGAUUGUUUCCACGCGUGCAGCGCACCUUUGUGCUGCCGCCUUGGUGGCGGUGCUUCGGCAGAUUCGAGACAACAAGGCGGCUGAAAAGCUUCGAACAACUAUCGGUGUGGAUGGCUCUGUUUACAAAAAUCAUCCAGAGUUCCCCAGGAGGCUUCAUAAGAUGGUGUCCCGCCUCGUGCCUGACUGUGAUGUGCGCUUCUUGAAAUCCGAAGUCGGCAGUGGAAAAGGUGCAGCCAUGGUAACGGCAGUCGCGUACAGACUUGCUGCUCAAAACGCUGAAAGACAACGCAUCCUAGACACCCUACGCUUAAGUCGUGAGCAGCUGCUGGAAGUGAAAGAGAGGAUGAGUUACGAAAUGAUGAGGGGUUUGUCAAAACAAACACAUGAGGUGGCCACUGUGAAGAUGCUUCCAUCGUUUGUCCGUUCCCUACCAGAUGGAACAGAACAGGGAGAUUUCUUGGCCUUGGACCUUGGGGGAUCCAGCUUUAGAGUCUUGAUGGUGCAAGUUCGAAGUGGAAAUAAACGCAACGUUGAUAUGCGCCAGAAGGUUUAUGGUAUUCCACCCGAGCUAAUGCAAGGCUCUGCAGAAGAGCUUUUCACCUAUAUUGUGGAGUGCAUGGCUAACUUCCUGGAAAACAUGGGCAUGACAGGAGCUUCCUUGCCUUUGGGGUUCACCUUCUCCUUUCCGUGUCAACAAAGCAAACUGGAUGAGGGUAUUCUUCUGAACUGGACCAAGUGCUUCGCCGCCAGCGGCUGUGUUGGCUACGAUGUUGUGAAAUUACUGAAAGACGCCGUCCGCCGCCGAGGAGAAUUCCAUUUGAACUUUGUGGCUGUCGUAAACGACACUGUAGGAACCAUGAUGACCUGCGCCUAUGAGGACCCCAAGUGUGAAGUGGGUCUCAUUGUUGGCACCGGCACAAACGCCUGCUACAUGGAGGAAAUGGAGAACAUUGAGGUGUUGGAAGGCAAUGAAGGUCGCAUGUGUGUCAACAUAGAAUGGGGCGCAUUUGGGGACAACGGGGAACUUGAUGACUUCUUCACCUGCUUCGAUCGUUUGGUGGAUGAGAGCUCCAAUAACCCUGGAAAACAGAGGUAUGAGAAGAUGAUCGGUGGACUGUAUCUCGGGGAGAUAGUACGAAAUGUGCUUCUGGACUUCACUGCUAAAGGAUUGUUGUUCAGAGGAAAAGUGUCUGAAAGACUGAAGACUUUUGGCAUCUUUGAAACCAAGUUCCUGGCCCGAAUUGAAAGUGAUCGUCUGGCCAUGCGACAGAUUCGCUCCAUCCUGCAGCAUCUGGGCCUCACCUUCUCAACCUGCGACGACAGUGUUCUUGUGAAGGAGGUGUGCGCCGUUGUUUCCCGACGAGCUGCGCAGCUUUGCGGUGCAGGUUUGGCCGCCGUCGUCGACAGGAUCCGACAGAACCGCAACCUGCAAAGGCUUGAGGUCACGGUUGGUGUUGAUGGGACGCUUUACAAGACUCACCCGCAUUUCUCCAGGGUGAUGCAGGAGGUACUGCAGGAUCUGGCCCCACAGUGCUCCGUGACGUUCCACAAGUCUGAGGACGGAAGUGGCAAGGGAGCGGCAUUGAUCACAGCUGUAGCAUGUCGGGUCAACAAUGAGGGGCAAUACUGAACAUUUUUAACAACUGUUACUGAUUUUAGCAAGGUCAAUAUUUAUCUGGAUUUUUUUUUUGUCUUUGAAGAAACCAAUCAGUUUGUGUGAUACAUAUUUUUGCUGUGUACCUCAUGGGCCAUUAGAAAAAAAUACUUGCGUGAUAGCAUUAGUACCUUGUGGUACUGUUUUUCACUCCUUGCUCAUUUCCAAAACUGUUCUGACUGUUAAAAACCUGCCCUCAUGCUGUACAUGCCUUAAAAUCUCAGGCUAAAGGGACUGAAAACUGUUAACACUCUUGUAUAGUUCCACUGUGUUUUGUAAUAAGUCCACAGUUGUCACAGUCAUAUAGUCAGUGAUUAACCUCUAAAAAGUGGUACGUUCUUUAUCGCUGUAGAUUUGACUGUGAAAAAGAAGGAAUGACAUUGCAAUAUUUUGGGUUUCGGGCAGGUGAGGAAGAGGGUCAUGUGAUGUGAAUGGUUAUCUUUAUUCAGGGCCGUUAAUGUGUUGCCAGAACUGUAAUUCCAAACACAGCAUAGAGCACUGUCUUGGUGAAGACUUUUUCCUGUAUGAAUGCUUCAUGAAAUCUUCUCUUGGCUGUUCGCUUGUUUACUGAUCAAGCCUCCACCCAUCUAAUCGGUCUAAGUUUCCUGGACUCCCACCAAAACCUGUUUGUAUCACAGUGUUAUUUUCGGAAAAUGGCACGGAUGCAAGUCACUCAGAACUCCGCUCCUGCAUAAAUUAUGCAGGAAAUCCUUUCUAUAAAAGCAAAGAGCAUGCAGCCAGUUUUCAAAGUAAAGUACUGUGUGUAGACUCUAAACCACUUUCUACUCGUGGAACGUCAACAUGACGGCAGAGCCGACGGAACCGGCAUCAAGCCGUGGUGUCAAUACUUGACCUGCAUAGACCACAAGGCAGGUUCAGUCAGUUAGCAAAGUCACAAAAAAAAACAUUUCAAGCAUGUUAUAAUAUAUUAGCCCAUGGUAUAUGCCCCUCCCAAAAAAAAAAAAAAAAACUGGCAGAAGAAUGGGACACAAGGUCAAAAGAAGUGGCACUGGUCAAGCAACCAUUUCCCAGGUCAUUGGUCUCUUUUUAUUCUUUGUUUCACUACGCUAUGGACAGAAACCACCUCUGCCGUGGUGCUACCUCAAACCGCAACCACGUUCGCCGCCAGUCUGCAGUUAUUUAUCUGAAUCGCCACAGAAGCCUGAAAAACCUGUCUGUUGGCUGAGGUUUCAACUGUCUUUUUCUUUGAUCUGUGAAUUUCAGCCUGGCAUGGUUGCGUGAUUAGAAAAACCGCUGCCCCAGCUCUGCCUCUGCCUCUGGCACGGGCUGGCGCCUGGCGCGGUCCUCGGCACCGCAUCCCUGAUAUCUUUCGACUGUUCCAAGUUUGAUAAUUUUCUUCUUGGCUUAUGCAAAUAGACUUUAAAAUAAUUAUGCACACUCGAUUGAGGACGCCGACCGACACAAAUGUAACAGUCACACAAACCAAUUAGCUUUGGCUCCCAAAGCUGUCGACAGAACUGGACUGCAUGGUAAAAAUGAU